ACCGCUACCAACCCAGCCUCCCUAAAUUCCCCAAUUACCCGCAACGUCAACACAAGUAAACACUUUAAACACGUUUUAAGUCCAAAUAGGCCACAAUGAUAAGCUUUGUAACAUUUAUCGCCUCUCUCCUUUAUUCCACCGAUUUCUUGCUGUUUCUCUCACUUAGCAUAAUCAUCUUCAUCGGUGUCGUCAUUCCAUCAAUUUUCUUCUACUUGCGCUCGAAAUACCGGCGCCGGAAAGCCAAAAACAAGUCUCCAAAGCUCCAAGUGGGGAUUUUCCACCCCUAUUGUAACGCUGGCGGGGGCGGCGAGAAAGUGUUGUGGGUGGGACUGCAAGCCCUUCAAGAACAGUAUAAGGAUGCUGAGUUUUAUAUAUACACAGGGGAUGUGGAGGCCACCCCAGCCGAAAUUCUGGACAAAGUGCACAAAGUUUUAAACGUAAAAAUCGACAAAAGCGUGAAGUUUGUGUAUUUGAACAAACGAAAAUGGGUUGAAGGGUCCCAAUACCCCUAUUUUACAUUGUUGGGGCAAGCUUUGGGGUCGGUUUAUCUGGCAUUUGAGGCCAUAAACCAACUGGUUCCAGACAUUUUCAUUGAUACCACGGGCUUCACAUUCACUUUACCCCUUUUCAAGUAUCUAGGGGAGAGCAAAACUGGGUGUUACAUUCAUUAUCCGACAAUCACCCAAAAAAUGAUGACCAGAGUGUCUAAUCGGCAAGCCACUUAUAACAAUAGGAGUGUAAUAGCGCGCAGCCCCAUUUUCACGCACGCUAAACUCCUCUACUAUAGAUUAUUCGCUUGGCUCUAUGCUUUGGCUGGUCAAUGCUCUGACACUACUUUAGUCAACUCCACGUUCACCCACGAGCACCUAUCCGAGCUCUGGGGGCGCCCUCUGCACCUAGUCUACCCCCCUUGCGAAGUCGACCACUUGAAAAACAUCCCCAAACCCAAACACAAACCCCCCAAAAUCCGCAUCCUGUCUCUAGCGCAGUUCCGCCCGGAGAAAGACCACCCUCUCCAACUCCAAUCCCUCUACGAACUCCGCGAAAUCCUCGGUGACGACUUCGACAACGUCACUCUCGUUCUAUGUGGGAGCUGCAGAAACGCCGGUGACAGCACAAGAGUGGCGGACUUACGCGACUUAAGUAAGCACUUAAGUCUGGAGAACAACGUCGAGUUUAAGGUGAAUCUGACGUACGAGGAGCUGCUGGAGGAACUAGAGGGGGCUUAUCUGGGGGUUCAUACCAUGUUGGACGAACAUUUUGGGAUUAGCGUGGUGGAGCAGAUGGCGGCGGGGUUGAUAGUGGUGGCGCACCGGUCGGGGGGGCCGCUUUUGGACAUUAUUGAGACUUCAGAGGGGUCCAGGUUGGGGUUCUUGGCCACCACUCCCGAGGAGUAUGCUUACGUGAUUAAGUUCGUGCUUACGUGUGGGGAUGAGGAGGUGAACGAGAUAAGGGAGAGGGCGAGGGCGUCUGUGGAUAGGUUUAGCAGUAAGAAGUUCCAGGAUGAGUUCCUGAGGGCGAUAGAUCCGUUGUUUAAGUGAUUUUUUUAAUAAAUGUGUAGAGGUU